CUGCAGAAAAGCUCCGUUUGGUUUGUCCGCCGGGCCUCGCUGGCGCCGGGAUUUCUUUCCUCUCCUCCAAGCCAACGCGCCACCGCCCCUCGCCUCGCCCCCAUUUAUACCUCCGGCGAGCCUCCGACGCACGCAUCCCGUACCGACGCGACGCCGCGAGCGAAAUCCAGAGAAUCCCGGGGCACCCGCAGGCGAGGAGGGAGGACGAUUCGAGGCGAACUCCCAUGUCGGCGGUGGAGCAGCGGCUGCAGGCGCUGCGGCAGAAGCUGGGGAGGAAGCAGCACUUCGAGGAGGCCGUCGCCGACCUCACCGCCACGGUGCGCGACCACUACGCCGGCGCCUCCCCCGCCCUCCGCGAUCUGAUGUAUUCUACAGUUUGUCGUGUGGCAACUGUCCUUCAGACUAGAUAUACAGCGCCUGGAUUCUGGCGUGCUGGUCUGAACCUCUUCAUAGGUACAGAGAAGCUGGUAACUAAUCCUUCAGAAAAGGAGCAACUGAAGACUUUCAUUCUGAGGGCCCGGGAGCAUCUUGAUGAGAAAGAGAAUGAGGAAUCCAUGCCAAACAACGGGGAAACAGACAAUAGAUUCCUUUUUGAAGGACACCUUACAGUGGGACCUGAACCUCCACCUCCUGCCUGGCUUGUUGCCCAGAAUUUAGCACGGGAAUUUAACAUUUUAGCUGAAUCUUCUGGAGAUCAAGGUGGGAACAACAAUGGAGUUCAGUCAAGGGAUGAGGAGAUGGCACCUGCUAUAAUGAAUUUCUUAAACACUAUGACAAUGGAUGGGGAUCUAGAAACUGCCUUGGAAGAAUCUCUGCAGAAUGUGAUGGUGAAUCCUAAGGUACCCCCAGCUUCAAAGGAAGUCGUUGCAAAUCUACCUGUUGUAACUGUCACUGAAGAAAUCAUUGCUAGAUUGGGCAGCGAGACUCAGUGUGCUGUUUGCCGGGAGAACUUGGCCGUGGGCGAUAAGAUGCAGGAGCUACCGUGCAAGCAUCUUUUCCACCCUCCGUGCCUCAAGCCAUGGCUGGACGAGAACAACUCAUGCCCGAUCUGCCGGCACGAGCUGAGGACUGACGAUCAUGUUUACGAGAGCCGGAAAGAGCGGGAGCGAGAGGAGGAGGAAGACAGGAAGGGCGCGGCGAAUGCUGUCAGGGGUGGGGAGUUCAUGUAUGUCUGAACAUCUGAAUUCAGAGCCGAAUGUGAUCUGAUCUCGCUGUCAUGGUUUCCUGUAAUUCCUAGUGCAGUGUGAGUUAAAAAUUCAUGUAACAACAACAUUUGCUUGGCCGUACAGUCAAUUGAAUGAUACUACCAUACAACCAGCUUGUUACA